UCGAAGGCCUUCUUUCUAGUCAUCCAUGUCCUACUUUGUUCAAGAAUCCUCGCUUGACGGGCGUCGGAGAGGGAGGCCGGAGAAGUUUGUGAAAAUGAGCCGGCGUUUAGUCGGAGUUUUGUCUUUGGCGGUUGUUUUCUUCUCCUUAACCGUCGAAGCUUUGCACUGUUCAAUCAAAGGAUUACCGCUAAUUAGGAAUAUCAGUGAGUUUCCACAAGAUAACUAUGGAAGUCCUGAUUUAUCUCAUAUCACGCUUGCUGGUUCAGUCAUGCAUGGCAUGAAAGAGGUAGACGUAUGGCUCCAAACACUUGCCCUAGGUUCUAAAACACCAAUUCAUAGACACUCUUGUGAGGAAAUCUUUGUAGUGCUGAAGGGGAGUAGUACCCUCUACCUUGCAUCUAACUCACAUCAAAAAUACCCUGGGAACCCACAGGAAUUGCCUAUCUUCACAAAUAUCACUUUUCAUAUACCUACUAAUGAUGCUCAUCAGGUAUGGAACAUUGGUGAAUUAAAGCAUUUACAAGUCUUGGUUAUUAUAUCUCACCCACCAGUGAAAGUGCUCAUAUAUGACGACUGCUCAUACCACACACAACUGCUAGACUGA